AUGCCUGACUGUCCGUAUCUGCAGUUGAAUGAUCCCAAAUUACUCCGUCAGAUGGCUUACGUAGACGGUAAAUGGAUUUCAGCUGAAUCAGGAGCCAAGUUUUCAGUCAUAGAUCCCGCUACGGAACAGGAAAUUGGCAAGGUGCCAGAGAUGAACGCGGAAGACGUAAAAACGGCAGCUGACCUUGCAAACGAAGCAUUCAAGGACUGGUCUAAGCAGACUGCAAAGCGACGUCACGAUCUACUGAAAAAAUGGCAUGCUCUGAUCCUCGAGAAUCAAAAUGAUCUCGCCACGAUUUUAACUCUAGAAAAUGGUAAACCUCUGCAAGAAGCCCUCGGUGAAAUCAAAUACGGAGCGAGCUUUAUUGAAUGGUUUGCCGAGGAAGCUAUUCGCGUGUAUGGUGAUGUCAUUCCGUCUCCUGUUAGCAGUCAACGCUUCAUAGUCGUUAAACAACCCAUCGGAGUUGUCGGAUUGAUUACGCCUUGGAAUUUUCCGAAUGCUAUGAUUACGAGAAAAGCAGGCGCUGCACUUGCUGCCGGAUGUACGGUGGUUGUAAAACCGGGCGCAGAAACACCGUUCUCUGCCUUGGUUCUUGCAGAGCUGGCGGAUAGGGCGGGAAUACCGAAAGGCGUUUUUAACGUAGUUACGGCACACGAGAAUGUGCAACAAGUCGGAGAGGAGAUGUGCACUAAUCCGACAAUUAAGAAGAUAUCAUUUACUGGCUCGACCGCCGUGGGUAAAUUAUUGAUGAAACAAAGCGCUUCUACUCUGAAAAAAGUUACGCUGGAACUGGGAGGCAACGCUCCGUUCAUUGUUUUUGAUGACGCUGACAUUGAUGCUGCUGUUGAUGGAGCAAUUCAGUCGAAGUUCCGAGCUUCGGGACAGACUUGUAUUUGUGCCAACCGCAUAUACGUUCAAUCAAGCAUACUCGCCGAGUUCGCGUGUCGUCUCGCUGAGAAAGUUGGUUCAUUCAAAUUGGGAAAUGGUCUUGAAAGUGAUAGCACUCAUGGACCCUUAAUAAACAAGGAAGCCAUCGAAAAGGUAAAACUCCAUGUUGAAGACGCCGUUGCUAAGGGUGCUGAAAUCAUUAUCGGUGGAACGCAACGCUCGGGGAAUUUCUUCCAUCCGACAGUUUUAACCGGCAUGACACAAGAUAUGUUGAUUUCAUCCGAAGAGACGUUUGGUCCCGUGGCUGCUUUGUAUAAGUUUGAAACUGAAGAAGAAGUGAUCGGUCUUGCGAAUGCCACAUCAUCUGGGCUUGCGGGAUAUUUCUAUAGUGGGGAUGUCAGAAGGUGCUGGCGUCUUGCGGAAGCUUUAGAAGUCGGGAUGGUUGGAGUUAAUACCGGCGCCAUUAGCACUUGUGAGGCACCUUUCGGUGGUAUCAAAGAAUCUGGCAUAGGUCGCGAAGGUUCAAAAUAUGGUAUUGAAGAGUAUUUGAACAUCAAAUACAUCAAUUUCGGAGGAUUAUAA